GAAACAAACUGGAUAAAUCUAUGGCUGAGUAUCUCCCGUAUGUACUCAAUAGGCGUGACAGUGGAUGCAGGACCUCCUUUGGUGGUUCCCCCCAGACCUGAGAACACGCCCCAGAAAACGGCAUCGGCGGGACCCCCGGGUAAGAUGACGCUGUCGUCAAAGCUUCCCAAAGGGACGCAUGGUAGCUUUGCGCCUGUGCUCGGCUUCGCCGGCGCGCCGGCUGCACCAGUAAAACUCACUGGGCCGCUACAAUCCACUCUUCCUUCCAUUGCUGCGGACGCACGGCUCAUCGGCCACAAGAUCUCCUUCUCCGCUGGCCUCACUCUGCCGCCCGUUCAUGGCGAGGCGGGCGUCAUCCGAUUCGACGCGGUGCUGGUCAACGAUGGAGGCCACUAUGACCCCAGGACAGGCAUCUUCACGGCACCCGUGGACGGCCGCUACCUACUGAGCGCCGUGCUCGGUGCCCAGCCCGGCACCAAGAUCGAGGUGGUCCUGUCGGUGGACCAGCGCGUCAUCCACAGGUUGGACUCCACAUCAGGGGCGGCCCCUAAGCCAUGCCCUGGCCUCUGUGCCUCCGCCUCGCUCGCCCUGGUGGUGCCCAUGAGGCGGGGCGAGCAGGCGACCCUCACGCUGAUGGCGGGGAAGCUCGCCAACACUGCCACAGACUCCACCCACUUCCUGUCGUCCUUCAGCGGUGUACUGCUCUACACGUCUAGUCGGUAGCCAUCGCCGAUUCGCAUGUCAGAGCUGGAGAAUGCAAAAAGGUAAAAGAUUGACAUCGUAUAUUCUUUAUGAAGGGGAACAAAUUAAGUGACCCAUGUCACUAUUUGGCACCCUUCAAACAUAGGGUCAUUUUAUCAGUGAGUGAUACAGGCCACUUUUUGGCACCCUUGAAAUAGUGGAAGUGUGUGAAAAUACUCACCAAAAUCAUCAACCCUGAUUGAAGGGUAGCAAAAUGAGUGCUCCAUACCACUUUUGGCACCAUCCGGCCACCUUCCAACCUUAGGAGGGUGUACCAAAAUAAGUGCUUCAUACUAUUUAUCAACUUUGGAAUCUGGGAAGGUGUCAAAAUUAGUGAUCAAUGACAAUUCCUUGUAUUUCAUUUUUAUUGUUGUAUUUUUUUAAUUCGGCUUUUUGAAAAUAAAAACUUCUGCCUAACGUU